CUGACUAAUCCACUUUCUUCCUACCCGACUCCCGAGUACAAAAUUAUUUAAGAUCACAAGUCACACCCUUCUUCUACCAAUUCACGGUUCUUCUGCUUCUUCUCCCUCAGCCACUGUCUAUUGUUUCUUUUCCAAAUUUCCAGUAUGGAAUCUAGCAGGGGCCAAGGUGGAAUUCAACUUCUCUUAGCCGCAGAGCAAGAAGCUCAGCAAAUUGUUAAUGCUGCGAGGACUGAAAAACUGGCUAGAUUGAAACAGGCAAAAGCAGAAGCUGAGAAGGAGAUAAGUGAAUUUCGUGCACAUAUGGAAGCUGAAUAUCAGAAAAAGCUUGCUCAGACUAGUGGGGACUCGGGAGCGAAUGUCAAGCGCCUAGAGGCAGAAACAGAGGCCAAAGUUCAACAUUUGACGACAGAAGCUUCGAGAAUUUCGCAUGAUGUUGUUCAAAUGCUUUUGAGGCAUAUCACCACAGUGAAGAACUGAAUGGUACUAUAAGUGGGCCAAACACCAUUCUCUCUCUUUGCUCAUUCUCUUCUCCAUGGAGUACUCUGUGCCUGGCCAACUUGUAUUGUAUUUUCUCUAUUUUUAUUGAUUGUCAAUCUUCUAUAAUGGUUGUUUCUUAUGCCCUGGUUGAAUAAAGUAGUCAAAUGCUGUGCUUUUGUACCAUGGAUUUUAUAUAUAUAUAUAUAUAUAUACUCCGUAUAAAAUUGGGAUGAGCAAUAUAAACUCCAUUAUUCUCAGGAUGGAAGUGUCAUUAUUGACUUCAUACAUUGUAUGUGAAUGCUGAUGUCAAUGGCACUAUGUGAGUAUUGAUAAACAGCUUUGGUUGUG